CCGCAAGGAACUGUCAGCAUCAAGGAAAGCUCAACGAUCGUCUCCCCAUCAAUGUCACCUCGAAGAGGGACCCGCGGCGCCUACAGUUGACACUCCCUGGCCUUAUUGCGCUCAUCUUUGCAUUCUGCAGAAGUGCACCGUAGUCUGUGUAACGCUGCUGGCACACCCUUGACGGUUGCUCCCCGCAAUGAGGACCAGGCUGCUGGAAGUGAAAAGCCUCCGAGAUUUGAAUAAAGGAUGAGAAAGCGCGCGAUGGGUGGGGAGGAGAGAGUGAGCUGGUGGAACGCGCCCUCUUCAAGGUCGUUAAAGUACGAUUUUAUGUUCCUCACCUCUGCCUCGGACGUCAUAUUCACGUUCGACCAGGCACUUCUUGCGACCGUUCUACGUGCAUUUUCCGAGACCCACGGCUCUAGAGCUCCUUGCGGGGAUAAUUUUCUCCAUCGUCGUGAUGUUGAUCACGAACUUGCUCAAAAUCAUAGUGCUCGCUUUGCUCGCGUCGGUAGGCAGCUCCGGCGCAACCUUUGGCGGCGGGCAGGUUCCUGCUCCGGGCCCGGAUGGGAAGUACGUGCUGUCGAGCGAGGGCAUUCGCGCGACAUUUAUCCCCUACGGAGCCAGCAUUUCCAAUCUGUUCAUCAACGACACGCACGGCGUGGAGAGGGACAUUGUGCUGGGUUUUGACAAUGCAACAUACUACUCCAUCGACAAGAGCCACCCACACUUGGGAGGGGUUCCCGGCAGGUACGCGAACAGGAUCAAAAACAGCUCCUUUACCAUCGAUGGAAUUACGUAUCACGUGCUUCCGAAUGAAAACAACGGAUUAGACACGUUACACGGCGGCCCGGAUGGAUGGGAUUGGCGCAACUGGACAGUCGCUGCAGUUUCGUCAAAUUCUAUCACCUUCACCCUGUACGACUCGGAUGGCAACCAAGGCUUCCCGGGCGCCGUCACCAGCACGGUCACGUACACUCUUUCACCGUACACGUGGAGUUUUAAAAUGACAGCAAAAUCACUCACCAAGAAGACACCUAUCAUGCUCAGUUCGCACACGUACUGGAAUCUGGACGGGUUUCAAAAUCCAGAGACGCCGCUCUGUCUUAACUGGACCAUGUCGAUGCCAUACUCAGGACAGAGAGUCGGCGUCGACGGCAUUCUCAUUCCAAACGGCACGAUUCUGCCGAACCAACCAGGAUCUGUCAAUGACUUCUGGUCCAAGCCGAAGCAGAUCGGUGCUAACUGGACCAGCCCGGAUCUCAUUGGCAAUUGUGGCACUGGCUGCAAGGGCUACGACACAUGCUUCUUGGUGAAUCGGGCACAGAACGGUCCGUACAAUUGGGUUGAUGCGCCGAUCGCGUCCGUGUCGAGUGACUUCUCAGGCAUCAAGAUCGAUAUCUUUACCGAUCAAGACGCAUUUCAGCUGUACAGCUGCGGGGGGCAAAACGGCUCUCUCGCGCUCAAGAACACACAAGGCUUCUUUGACGAUCCAAGUCGACCGCGUGUAGUGGAGCAAUAUGGCUGCAUUGUCAUGGAGGUAGAAGACUGGAUAGACGGUAUCAACCAGCCUGAGUGGCAGCGCGACAAGAAACAGAUCUUCGGGCCGGAUGACCCAGAGUACAGCUUGGAAGCUAUUUACCGAUUCUCCGUUGCAGGGAAAUAUUAGAGGGCGUGUCGAUCUUCGCGACCGAUGUUCUGCAUUACUGCGUUGCUCAAUUGAUACAUAAUCAAAAUUAAUGUCAUGGGCAGAUCUGGCCUCCCCACAACCAAGAUCGCAGUGAUUUAACGCGCAAAGCAGUUUCGGUAUCAUGAUACUCUACCAGAAAUCAAUAUAUUUUACCUCUUGGUUAUUUUUUUCGACUGAAUGUCGCUGUAGAUUAUCGCCACGGCCAGGAAAGCAGC